GCGCAGUUUGAAACAGGCAGUGAAGGGUCAGUCGCACGGAGGGUCGGUGGCGGCAGCUGAAGGUCGUGGUAAUUGUCGGCAUGGCGGACUUUGAUUCGGAUCUUGACUUGUCCGGUGUGGGCGCCAGUCCUGCGGAGACGGCGGAGCUGCAGAGGAUGCUGGCCGUGGAGCAGCAGAAGGCGCAGUUUACGGCUCAGGUUCACAAAUUCAUGGACGUGUGCUGGGACAAGUGUAUGGAGAAACCCAGCACCAAACUGGACUCCCGGACGGAGGGCUGCCUGGUCAGCUGCGUGGAGCGCUUUAUCGACACCACCCUGUCCAUUACCAAUCGCUUUGCCCAGAUGGUACAGAAAGGAACCCAAUGACCCCGAUAUACACGGACUGAUAACUGUAAUAUCAGCAAAGUGACUGAAAUCCCUCCUUUGUAAUAGUGAUAAUUGCGACGUACGACUGUUUUAUUAUAUAAAUCUGCAGAUGCGUGUUAUUAAAUCUCUGUCCUAAACCUG